GGUUGAACGCCCGUGUCUCCCGCAGGCCCGCCGGCGGGGGAGAUGGAGUUCUCCAGCGGCCGAGCGAGGCAGAAGCACUCGCGGCUGGGCGGGGACCGGCGGGAGUUGUACCCUCACAGCCUGCAGUUCUAUCUGGAGCCCCCCACGGAAAACGUCCCUCUGGUGGAGUUUGAGAGCUUUGCUAUCGACCGCCUGAAGUUGCUCAAAGUAGUUGAAAACCUUGGUGUGAGCUAUGUAAGAAGUAGUGAAUCAUACAGAACUAAGCUGGAAUCUGAGCUCCGGAAGCUUAAGUUUCCCUACAGAGCUUUGGCUGAGGAUGAUUAUGAGGCAAGAAGAAAAGACCAUAUCUCUCAUUUCAUACUACGCCUUGCUUACUGUCAGUCUGAGGAUCUCAGGCGUUGGUUUCUUCAACAAGAAAUGGAUCUCUUGCGAUAUCGCUUCAAUGAACUAACUGACAGUUUAAGACAGAAAUUCCUGGAACAUGUUAACUUAUCAUUUGAAGCUAUUAGUGAAGACCUGAAAAAUGAAUUGGUAAAUGAGCUCUAUACAUCAACCCCUGGCCUCACCAUGACUAAAUUGAAAGAACAAAUGUUCUAUAAGGUUGGACUUGCGGAUGCUGUGGAUCUAUUUAGAGCCAGAAGAGUGUUCAUUAAAGAUGGCUUUGCAUUUGUGCCACUUAAGGACAUUGACGCAAUUGUUUUGAAUAACUAUAGAACAAAGUUAUCUAAAGCACUGGCGUUGACAGCACGAUCACUGCCUUCCAUACAGUCUGAUGAGAGACUACAACCUCUGCUUAGUCAUCUCAGCCAUUCUUAUGUUGGCCCAGAUUACAGCGUGCAGAAGAACACUGGAAAAAUUUCUCUAGAACAGAUAGAUGCUCUUUCUGUGAAAUCUUUCCCUCUUUGCAUGCGCCAGUUGCACAAAGCCCUACGUGAUAACCAUCAUCUCCGUCACGGAGGCCGUAUGCAGUAUGGCCUGUUCUUAAAAGGCAUUGGCUUGACUCUGGAACAGGCACUGGAAUUUUGGAAGAAAGAAUUUAUCCGUGGAAAAGUGGAUGCAGACAAGAUUGGAAAUAAUUAUACUGUUUUGUGUUACCAGAGCAUUGUGAAGAUAAGGUGCCCAUUCCGCCACAGUGAUCCUGAGCUAUUGAAGCAGAAGCUGCAGUCAUACAAGAUCCCUCCCAGUGGAAUAACUCAGAUCCUGGAAUUGGUGAAGGGCAUGCAUUACCAGCUGGCCUGUCAGAAAUACUUUGAGUUGACGCAUGAUGUUGAUGACGUUGGGUUUUCUUUGAAUCAUCCUAAUCAGUAUUUUGCAGAGAGUCAAAGGCAAUUAGGUGGUGGUAGAGAACUGAAGAAGGAACUAAGUAAUUCAGGAAACUCUCAACAAAAAAGUAAUAGUCAGGAAAGCAUGAAUUCAAAUUCUACUCCCACCUCUUCAAAUACAACAGCUGAUGCAGAACUGGAGGGACUGGAGGCAUACUUCACUGAAGACUAAGCAGCUGUGUUAUUUGGGGUUUUUUUUGUUUUCUUUCUUUCUUUCAUUCUUUCUCUUCUCUAGCUGAAUUUGUCCCUAUAUUAAGGAAUAUGCACUUCACUACCUGGAAGACACAGACAUUUAGUGCUUUAAAUAGGCUGAAGAAAAGAAAUACAGAUACUGAAGAUAUAACUGAAUCCAGUACUUAUGCUUGAUGCUUUAGAAUACUGGUUUUUAUGGUGUGUUGAAGGGUGGGAAAUGAAAAUUCCUUCCCAAUUAUUAGGUGAUUUUUGUCUGAUUUACCUUUUUGGAUUUUCUUCAAAAUGUUUAAAUAUUUUUACUGCAUUUUGUGUUCACUUUUAUAUGUUUCCUCUUAAUAAAUAAAUUG